AUGGCCUGGUGCCUCACAACACCCAGGCAGAUUAAAGCGGGUACAUCCUCUGCAAGGCUGCCAAGGAAUGCAAAGCAGAGAGCUUUGUCAAGGAUAAAACUGACCAGUACCGAUGAAUCUAAUGAUGUGGAGAUAGGUGAUUACCUGGACGAUUCCAUUGCCAGUUCUGGGAAAGAAAGUACAGUUGAUGCCAGGGAUCAAAGAGCCACAGUGAGCAGGCAGAGUAAAGCAGGUACAUCCUCUGCAAGGCUGCCAAGGAAUGCAAAGCAGAGAGCUUUGUCAAGGAUAAAACUGACCAGUGCCGAUGAAUCUAAUGAUGUGGAGAUAGGUGAUUACCUGGACAAUUCCAUUGCCAGUUCUGGGAAAGAAAGUACAGUUGAUGCCAGGGAUCAAAGAGCCACAGUGAGCAGGUCUGCUGCAUCAACGUUUGUCCGUCCAAUCCUGCUCGAGACUUUUGUCACAGACCACAGAAAUUGUGCCAAAGAGAAUGCGGGGGUCAUAAAAACAAGACCAGUGAAAUGCCGGAGCGUCUGUCUUUCACGUAACACUUUAAAUUCCUCUGAAGAUUUUCAGAAAACCCCUGUUCUUUCAUCUGAAUUCAUUGCAAAGAGGACGCACACAAGAUGCAAACAACAGUCACUAUUGCGGAAUACAAGUUCAGAGAUGUCCUGCCUUUUUUCAAACUGCAAAAAGAAAAAACCUCUUAUAACAGCAGGCUCUUUCAAUAGUACAAUUGACAGCAUGUUGAAAGCAACGUCUUACAAACUGGCACUUCUGCCCAGCGUACCCUCUGCCAUUUGCCAGCCCUGUUACAAACCCAACAAACCAUCCUUAAGUGAGAUCCCCUUUAGCAAUGAUGAAACGGAGGAAGUUUGCAAAACCAAUAUGGAGGAAGGCAGGGUUGUCCUUUUUUCGGAGGGGAGUGAAUUGAGAGACCUGUCAGGAAGUGGUUCUGAAUUAAAUUGCAUCAAAUAUGCCUCUGUUGGAAAUGUGAUGCCCAGUUUGGAAAUUAUGAAGCACAAUAUUGAAAAUCAUGAGGUUUCACAGACUUAUGAGGCUUCUGUAAUUUCUCACCCAAACAGGACAAACAAGGAAGUGCUCAUCCCAAGAAGUCUUUCAGAUCAGUCCAGUAGUCUGAACAAUUCUCUUGUUUUUGUGCCAAAACAGAGUCAUAUACAGUUACUCAUUGCACAGGUAGAUAAGGUAUGGAGUGCCUGUCAGCCUGUAGUCCUGCUGAAACAUGUAGACAUACCUAAGCAUUUGGUGAAGCAUAAUUUGCAAAGUAAUCUGGAGAAGCCUGAAUGCCAUAAACUCCAGACAGAGAACUCUGUUUUACUAGUUGAAUGUGACAUGCAGACCACCGCAGAAAAACAUUCAAGUAACUAUGCUUAUUCUCACCUGGACAGCUAUGAUGUUUCAGCAGGUCAUGCCAGCCCUGCUGCUAGUGACCAGACACAGGAAGUGCAAGAAAAACAUUGUAGCAGGUUGAACAUGGACUCUGUCGUGUGCAGAAACUUGUCUGCACAGCCUUGUCUUGAGCAGAAUGACUGUAAAAUGUCAGAUAACACCAAUUCCUCAGACAUCUCUGAAUCGAGAAGUGGACAGACUGUUUCAUCAGAGGCAGGUGAUGUUAAAGUUCAAGAAGAAAGACCCAACUUGGAUGUUACAGUACAGUAUGUUAAAAAUACUGUGUCCUUUGGUGGUGAGGAUAUUGUUGCAGUUGCACAGCAAAACAUAACUCAAGAAAGGAUCUUGAACAAAGCCCCUAAAAGAAGCUCCCGUGUCUUGAGCAUCACAGUGGACAAUUCUCCUACUUUUGUAUCAUCUGAGAAGAAUAAACCGCUCAUAGAAAGAUGUAUUGUCUCACAGCCUGAAGUUUUACUUCAACAUGCAAAGUUGCCAAUUGAUCUUUACAAGCUUGGAGGUUUAAACCGUGGUCAGAGUUUUAACUUUAAACAAGAGCUUGCGUACUGCAGUCUUCAGAUUGAGAAGAAUGUUUUAACUGAGCCAUGUAACUUACCAGACACAACUCGAAAUCAUUCUAGUAAAAACUCACUUCUUAAUAAAGAUACUGCUGUUCAUACCAGCUCUGUUGCUGAUAUUAUACUACCAGAGUUAGCCCAGACAAAGGAACUUGAAAUAGGAGGUAGAAGCAGGUUUAAUGUGGAUUUGACCUUGUGCAGAAGGUUGUCUGCACAGCACCCUAUUGGAUUGCUUAGUGGCUCUAAAAAGAAUAAAAUUGAUGCAGCUGAGGCUGCAAAAACAGAGAGCACAAUCUCUGACUCCUGUGAAUCCCGAAAUAACCAUGCUGUCUCUCUAGCCAAAAAGAAAGUCUCAGGGAGAGUUAGGACCCAAGGAAUACUGAAGGAAAAACCAGGAACUGGGCAAGAAGCCUGCAUCAGUGACUUUAGCACUAACAGAUGGACCAAAAAUAGAAACGUACAAAAAGAGAAACUUGAGAAGCACUCUGCAAAUCAGUUCUUGGUAGCUGGAAAUGCAGAUAACUCACUGGUUGAUUUCAGUUGUAGGUCUCUUCAUACCCCAAAAUGGUCAAUGGAUAACAUGGGCAGUUUGUCUGAUGCCAAUGACCAGAUGCCACCUGUGACUCCUUUGAGGAAAGAGUGUUUCCAAAUGUCCUCAUUUUUGCAAAAUAUUAGCCCACAAACUCUUAACACCCGUUACUGGUCAAGACUCAAAGCAUCACUUUCUGUUCACAAGAAGUUGAAAGUUAUUUUAACACCAGAUAAAUUGAACCUUUCCAAUGUAGCUGUUUGCAAAAAGGAUCUAGGAAAUGUAACUCCGCGUUCAAACAAAUCUCAGCGGCUACUUUCUGGUGCAGAAGGCUCAGUCCUGAGUUUCUCGGAUACCUGGGAUGCAGAGAAGCUGUAUCAGGAAUGCCAGCAGGAUGGUCCUUUAUCUUUUGAAGAAUGUAUACCCCUCCACAAAAUGCAAUCAUGUAAAAAGAUUGGUGAAGGAGCCUUUGGAGAAGUGUUUUGCAUGACAGACAACGACGAUGAGUUUGUAGCUUUAAAGAUCAUUCCUGUUGAGGGGGAGCUGAUGGGGAAAGGGGAAAUGCAGAAGAAAUUUGGUGAAAUUCUCAAUGAAGUAAUUGUAUCGAAAGAAUUGAGCAACUUGAGUAAAAUGGAAGAAAACAGAACUGAAGGCUUCAUUACUUUGCUUGAUUUGCAUUGUGUUAAAGGGUUGUAUCCAGAACCACUUCUGAAAGCCUGGGACAAAUUUGACAAAUGGAAAAACUCUGAAAAUGAUCGUCCAGAUUGUUUUGAGCAAGACCAGCUUUUCCUGAUUCUAGUAUUUGAAUUUGGAGGCACUGACCUUGAAAAUAUGCAAAGCAAGUUGUCUUCACUGGCUGUGGCAAAAAGUAUUUUGCAUCAAGUUACAGCAUCGCUGGCUGUUGCGGAACAGGCUUUAUGUUUUGAACAUAGAGAUUUACAUUGGGGCAACAUUCUGGUGAAGAAGACCAACCUUAAGGAAGUGAAAUAUACAAUCAAUGGGAUCACUCACAAUGUCGUGACUAAUGGUGUUCAUAUAAACAUCAUAGACUACACAAUCUCCAGGCUGGAAAUUGAGGAUCUGACUGUUUCCUGUGACAUUUCAACCGACAAACAACUCUUUAUGGGGCAGGGAGACUACCAGUUUGAGAUAUAUCGAAAAAUGAGAGAAGAAAACAAUAACAGCUGGAGUGAGUACAACCCACAUACAAAUGUUCUGUGGCUUCAUUACCUAACGGACAAAUUAUUGCACAUGAGGUACAAACACAAACCACGGUCUCUUGCUUUGAAAUCAAUUAAGAGAAAUAUUGAGCAAUUCUACAGAGAACUCCUACAAUAUAAAUCAGCAACUGAAGUCCUACAGUCUUGCAGUCUGUUUCAGUGAAGAAAGACUUUGCCUACUUAACAACAUUUAAAGAAAAACAUGUACUGCUGCGUGUUACUUUCUGAAGAUUUUAGAUUAAUGAAGACUGUGUACCAGUAUGCACUGGGCAUAGACUUGUUGAGCUGAUGGAGACAUCCCCUGCCACAUUAUUAUAU